AUGAAAAUCAAGCACUUUGUAUUUGCUUCACUGUUGGCACUCGUGACCUCAGUUCCCCUCAAAGAUGAUGGUUCUGGGAUCAAUGUCGAGUCUGAGAAACUGCCGGAAGGUUUGACAUGGGAACAGUGGCACAUGCAACAUGAACAUCAAUUGGAUGACUAUGACCCAGAGACAUUCUUCACAUUGCAUGACGUUGGAAAGAAAGGUUACUUGGAUAGAAAUGAUAUAUUGUCAUUGUACGGAUUAAAUCGUGAUGAGAUAGUGGGUGCAGGUGAUGGAAUGGGUAAGCACGACAAUUCCGAAGUAGUUGACGAAGAACAUGCUGAUCGUGUCGUUAAGUUUAUCAUGAGGUUACUUGAUGUCGACGACGACACAAAGAUUGCAAAGAAGGAGUAUCUUGACUAUGCCAAGAGCGGGAAAUCUUUUCCAGAUUUGGGUGUGGGAGUUGGUCACCACGCCGACUUCGAAAAGGAAUACGAGAUUCACCACUGGAAUAAAUAUCAUAAAGAUUCCGACCCAGAGGUCAAAAAUGUGCACAAAGAGGACAUAGAGCAUGAAUUAUUGCACCACGAACAUGAAAUAGAGCAUGAAGAAAAAAUUCAAAGAGGUGCAUCGAGAUCCACGGUUGUCACUGAUGAUGAAUUAGAGAGCAGGAUUGACCGCAAGAACAUUCCUAGCAAAUAUAAGAAUGGUUUUUAA